AGUGCUUUGUUUGUUACAGGGACUCAUGACAUACUAAGACAGGAAGACGUAACAGCUGAUGCUCAAGACCGUAACAGCUGAACAAAGGACAUGACAUCUGAAUAAAAUCCCCAACACCUGGAGAAACACUAACACCUUUGACUGAAUAAGAAUUGAGACCCUAACACGUACAAAAGGCAGCUACUACAAGCUCCAGUAGCCAUGGCCAUAUAUAAGCAGAAAAAAAUUCUUGCAUUGAUAUUAGGACUUCUCUGCAUUGCCUAUGCCUUCCUCCUUCUCGACCACUCAAACAGGCAGCAAUGGGUUCCCAAAAAGAUGGCCAAGAACGCAACUUUCCACCUACCAAGGGCGUCACCAGAAAACUUCCUGGAGAUGUACAGAAACCUUCCAUCUUCCGGGAAAAAGGAGCAGGCUGGUUGUCAUCAUACACCGCUGGAGCAUCCCCUCCAGUACCCUUUAGAGACUAACUGCUUUCCUUAUUUUAGAGAGCUGCAUUUUCAGCCUGUUCCAGAGCACGAUUGUGACAAGCCUUACGUCUCUAUCACCAUUGGAAAGUAUCUGGGCAACAAGGUGUGUCAGUACGCCAGCCUCUACCUCUUGCGUCAUCUAUAUGGGGUCCGGGUGUCCAUACUCAAUGAAAUGUACACAACCCUUGACAAAAUCUUCAAGAACAUCGUCAUGCCGGUCAAGAAACCAGCCGGCUUCGUAGGCAGACCUAAGGAGAUCACCUACUUGGAACUGUAUGACAAGUUGUACAGGACUGCGGCUCAGGUCCGGAGCAACACCUCCUCCAAUCUAAUCACUGAGCCUCUGUUGAAAACUUCCUACCACAUCAUAGACUACCCUGGACCACGAGACCUCUUUCUGGAACACCGAAAACUGAUUCAGUCCCUGUUUAAGUUCCGAUAUAAGGUCCUGGAAAAUGCCACACGGAAUAUCAACAACGCUCUUAAGAGUUUCAAUGCGACGUAUCACCAAAGGGACUUCCCAAUUGUCACUGUUCAUGUCAGACGGACGGACUACACAAGGCACUUGAAGAACCGGAUGAAUCUAACCCAACUGGACAAACUCUACUACAACAACGCCUUUGAGUUCUACAAGAAACGGUUGAAGCGCCCUCUGUUUCUGGUGGUAAGUGACGACCCAGAAUGGUGCAGGGAAAUGCUACAGGCAGAGGACGUGCUAAUCAUUGCUUCGGAGGUCAAACAAGAAGACAUGGCGGCGAUGAGCUUAGGAGAUCAUCAUAUUAUAAGCUACGGGACCUUCAGCUUCACGGGAGCCUUGCUGGGGAAUGGCAACAUAACACACCCGCUCACCACCAACCCUCGCUACUGUCUUGUGAAGUGUGUCAAGUCCCCAGUCUUUUACAAUGUUGAUAGGGGUGACAAUCAGCAAUAUAGUGAAUGAAGGCAAUUUUGUUGUUUAUUUGCUUCUACUUUGAUGUUUUUUCUUAUCAUUCUUUACUUGAUUCUAACUUUUAUUAAUAUUUUUUAUCAAGUUUUUGUCCUGUCUCUUCUGCUUAUUUUAUACUCUUGUUUGUAAAUAUUUUCUAUAUUGAUUCUUUUCUUUAGCUUGCUUCCAACAAAGCUAUAUAUCUUUGUAGGAGACAUUACCAUUCAUGUCUCUACUUUUUUUAAAUUUCUCUCUUUACCAAACAAUGUACAGUAUAUUGGAUGAUUGCUAUCUUGUAUUAUGUAUUAUGUAUUAUUUAAAAAAAUAAAGAAACAAUUUUGACUUUUAUAACAUCACAUCACUAUUACUAUAACAACAACUAUCAUUACUAAACUUUAAAACUAUAAUGAAAAUGAGUGAAAUUUUAGACAUUAGUAAAGUUAAAAUUAAAAAUAUAUUGAUACGUACAAGAAA